AUGGAGGAUAAGAAGUGCUUUCAGCACUCUUCGGAUGAUAUUCAGGCUAAGUUGGAUAAAAAGCUAGGCCCAGAGUAUAUCUCCAAGAGAGUAGGUUUUGGGACCAGCAGGGUGGCAUAUAUUGAAGGUUGGAGAGCUAUUAAUCUUGCUAACCAGAUCUUUGGCUAUAACGGGUGGUCGACCGAAGUAAAGAAUGUCAUCAUAGAUUUUCUAGAUGAGAGACAGGGCAAAUUCUGCGUAGGUUGCACUGCCAUAGUUAGGGUUACGUUGGCUAACGGAACCUAUAGGGAGGAUAUAGGGUAUGGUACGGUAGAAAACGAGAGGAGAAAAGCUGCUGCCUUUGAGAGGGCCAAGAAAUCGGCCGUCACAGAUGCACUCAAGAGGUCACUAAGAGGGUUUGGUAAUGCGCUGGGCAACUGUUUGUACGACAAGGACUUUUUGGCCAAAAUCGACAAAGUCAAGUUUGAUCCUCCUGAUUUUGAUGAGGGGAACCUGUUCAGACCGUCAGAUGAGAUUAGCGAGGUUUCGAGAUCUAACACCAUCGACAACAAUGGAAACAGGAACGGAGAUUUUCCUAACAAGAAAAGGCAACUGAUUCAAAUAGCUGUCUCGAACGUAAAACCAGAACCCUCUGAAAAAGAGAAGAGCGCUUCGCUCAGACCAGAAAAUAUACGACAGAAUACGGUGGCCGAUAACGAUAUGACCAAAAAAGUAAACCGGUACGUCGGAGAGCUUGUCAAUGGGAAACCACCUCAGGCAAAAGGUAUGACUGUGGAGGAACAGGAGGAUUUAUUGGACGACUCAAUGAUGUUUAGCGACGAUUUUCCGGAUGACGACCUAAGUCAAGGCAGCAGACACAAGGGGAGUGAUAAAGCUAUUGAACCAAGUAACGAUCCAGUCACUUUUGUAACGGCCAAAGCUGCUUCAUCGCUACAGAAAAAGAAUUCCGAAAUUCCACAGGAGAACUACUUUGAUCCAAACUAUCAAGCACAGUCAAUCAAACACACGAUUGAUCAAACUUCUUCCAAACCAGUACCAGCAAACGUUACUAAGAACGAAAAUUCCAAUUUCAACAGAGACAAGGCAUACGAAAAGUUUGCCGCAAAGGGUAAGGCUGUCCCCGCAUUUGAGAACAUGACCACUACUGAGGGUGGAGCGACCGCCAAGACAAAUUACGUACCUCAUAAACCGGCUACUCCUCUUCCCCAGACAGGACCUCCUCCAAACAAUAACAGAUUUGCUCCACCAUCCACUGUUGUCCACUCCAAUGCCCAUAUGGCGAUCCCCAUCACGACGCAACCAAGAACAGUGCGCCGUGAAGUAGGGAGACCUAAGAUAAAUCCGAUGGCUCUUCCUAAACGCAACCCUUGA